AAAAGCGCACGCGCGCGUUUCAAAGGAUUUGAAAAUGUCGGACGAUUCCGCGGACUCCACCGUCAGCGACGAGGAGGACGAAGCUGAACGGAGAGUGACUCGCGGUGGCUCAUUCGGAUCGGGAAUGGCGAGACGGCUGAGGGCAUUGUUCUGUUGCGUCCUUAAACGCAAACCACGCGCGCACGAAGUCGUCGAGUGCGAUCCCGACGAGUACGACUACGUUGUCGAGAAGCUGAUCGUGAGACGCGUGCCGGUCGCGCUUAUCGCGAUCCCGACCGAUCUCGCGGACGGCGCCUCGCGAUCGAUGUCCUCAUCCACGCUCGGCGCGAAGAGAGCGUCGAUGAAAAUCAAGACGAACAAGACUUUGCGCUUUGAAGACGAACUUCAAGACUCGACCGGCGGAAGGCAAGUCUAUUUGAGACAAAGAAUAAACUUGCAAUUUUUAUUAUUUAACUUUUAACUUGUUACUUUACCCAACUCUUUAUGUAUAAGAUUAUACAAGAAAUUUUACAUACAAAAAAUAUUUGAUAUGAUACUUUAAUUUUUGAAAUUAAUAAUUCUAUUCCACAGGAUGUUUUGGAUUGAAUAAUAAAGUAAAAUGUUGAUAACUUUUAACUUAUUUAAUUAUUAACUUUAACUAGUUUUUCUUAACACAAACUUCAACUUAUUAACUUUUUUCCUAGGGUAAUUUAACUGUAUAAAAGAAAUAAAAAGUAAAAGAAAG